AUCAUUUAAGUCCUGAAAUUCACUAACACUCAGGAUCAGUAGGCACUUCAUCAUGAUAUGUGCUCUUGCCAUUGUCUUGUUCCGGCAAAUUCUGUCCAUGGAGUGUCUCUCCUUGGCGACUUCAUAUGUCAUUACCCGGCUCACAGUGCCGCGGACACGUCUUCUAAUUGAUGCAACAUCUAUACAAUCUCAAUUCGUAUAUUUCCUGAUAUACUUUCAAAUCGGGUCAAUCAUAUCUGCUUCACCCAGAGUCUUUCAUGGCACUCACUUCAGUGUAAUUGGCGCUAUACUUUCUGGCUGCGGAGGUGCCGGCAUGUUCAUCUGCAUGAAAAUCAUGAUAUAUCACAGGGAAGAUAGACUCGAAGAUGUAAAUAUGGAAACACUGAUGGGAUCCCUGGGGUACGGAUUCAUUAUUGCUGUGAUUUGCCUUCCGCUGCUUUCACAAUAUAUGUCGCCAUUUUCAGUAACUUCAUAUGUUCUCCUUUCUGCAGAACCAGUGUAUGAAACUAUUACAACAUUAUUGGGUAUGAAGUGGCAGAUGUAUCAUUAGGGAUUGAAGUAUUUCAUCUACAUGCAAUUACGAUUUAUGGCUUUGGGGUUAACAAUAGAAGAGACUUAGUGUGGGAAGGGAUGUAGAGGGAUAAUUGACUGCCCUGGAAUUAGUGGGGAAUAUGCAUUUCUUUCCAGCACAAAUGUAAAUUGACAUAUUCAAUAGUGCCACAAU